GAUAGACAGACAUCUUAUUCGCUCAUAUAUUAAUCGCUCAAAGCAAGAAGUCAAGUUCUUUUUGGAGCAAAGGAAUAUAAGAAUCCAUGUGUGUGAAUGGCGUCUGCGAGCAUAAUAAUCCUUUUACUAGCGUUGUUUGCCAUCGUUGUCUCAUUGUCGUAUGCUGAUGGUGGAGAGAAGGUCGCGGUCAGCUAUGACGGAAGGUCGUUGUUGUUAAAUGGAAAGCGAGAGCUUCUAUUCUCGGGUUCCGUCCAUUACCCUCGCAGCCCGCCGGAGAUGUGGCCAGACCUUCUUGACAAGGCAAGACAUGGCGGUUUGAACGUGAUCGAAACCUACGUCUUUUGGAACGCUCAUGAGCCCGUAAGAGGCCAGAGGAACUUUGAGGGAAACUAUGACAUAGUGAAGUUCCUCAGGCUCAUUCAGGAGAAAGGCAUGUAUGCAUGCCUUAGAAUUGGGCCUUUCAUUCAGGCCGAGUGGAAUCAUGGAGGACUUCCGUACUGGUUGAGAGAGGUUCCCGAUAUCAUAUUCCGCAGUGACAAUGAACCUUUCAAGAAAUACAUGCAAGAGUAUGUGUUAUUUAUUAUAGACAAGCUGAAAACCGAGAAGCUCUUCGCUCCUCAAGGAGGGCCCAUCAUCUUGGGACAGAUUGAGAAUGAGUACAACCAUAUCCAAAGAGCAUUCAGGGAGAAGGGAGAUAGUUACGUUCAGUGGGCUGCGAAACUGGCAAUAGGAUUGGAUCUUGGCAUUCCAUGGGUCAUGUGCAAGCAAACGGAUGCACCCGAUCCAGUGAUCAAUGCAUGCAAUGGAAGACAUUGUGGUGAUACCUUCCCAGGCCCAAACAAACCAUACAAGCCUUUCAUUUGGACUGAAAAUUGGACGGCUCAGUACAGAGUGUUUGGAGAUCCUCCAUCCCAAAGAUCUGCAGAAGAUAUUGCCUACUCAGUCGCCCGCUUCUUUGCUAAGAAUGGAGCUAUGGUCAACUAUUACAUGUACUACGGUGGAACAAAUUACGGAAGAACAACCUCCGCCUUCACAACUACUCGGUACUACGACGAAGCUCCUCUGGAUGAAUACGGUCUGCAGAAAGAACCCAAAUGGAGCCACCUUCGGGAUGUGCAUAGGGCUGUAAACCUGUGUAAGAAGGCUCUUUUGCAAGGCACACCUACCACGCAAAAGGUGAACGAAUUCCACGAGAUUAUAGUCUAUGAGAGGCCAGGAAGCGACAUGUGUGCUGCUUUCAUAACUAACAAUCAUUCCGAGAACGCCGGUACCAUAAACUUCAAGGGUCAAGAAUAUUAUCUACCCUCGCGUUCCAUCAGCAUCCUCCCGGACUGCAAGACUGUAGUAUACAACACUCAAACGAUUGUUUCGCAACAUAAUUCGAGGAACUUUAAGAGAUCAGAGGCCGCAAACAAGCUUGAUUGGGAGGUGUUUUCCGAAAGCCUUCCGACAACCAAGGAAGUGCCGAUCGAUUCUGAUGAACCUAAAGAGCUUUACAGCUUGCUAAAAGACGUCAGCGACUAUGCUUGGUACACAACGAGAAUCGAGCUGGGUCCUGAAGACUUGCCGAGGAAGGCUAGCAUACUCCCCGUUCUACGGGUGGUUAGUAAUGGCCACGGAAUGCUCGCGUAUGCGAAUGGCGUAUUCGUCGGAUCUGCCCACGGUAGCCACGAAGAGAAAGGUUUUGGAUUGCAAGUUUCCGUAAACCUUACAGUUGGACUUAAUCAAAUAACAUUCUUGUGUUACACAGUAGGCUUACCCGACAGCGGUGCAUACAUGGAGCACAGGUUCGCCGGUCCUACUCGAGUCACCGUCCUCGGUCUCAACACCGGAACAAUUGAUCUCACCGACAACGGUUGGGGUCAUCAGGUUUCUCUCCAAGGCGAAAAGCAGAGUAUUUUCACCGAAGAGGGUGCGAAGAAGUUCCAGUGGAAGAAGGCCAAUGGAGAGGGACCCACCAUCUCCUGGUACAAGACAAGAUUUGAGACCCCGGAGGGAAGGGAUCCUAUUGCGAUCAGGAUGACUGGUAUGGGAAAGGGACAGAUAUGGAUAAACGGCAAGAGCAUAGGUCGUCACUGGAUGUCAUAUCUCUCUCCUCUGGGACAACCCAGUCAGUCGGAGUACCACAUCCCGAGAGCUUUCUUGAACGAAAAAGACAAUCUUCUCGUCAUAUUUGAGGAGGAGAAAUCAAACCCUGAAAAGGUGGAGAUCGUGAUUGUGGAUAGAGACACUAUUUGCAGUUACAUCACGGACGUACACCCACCCAAUGUGAAGCAGUUCGCCAGCAAGAAGAUGAAAUUUCACGCAGUAGUGGACGAGGUGAAGACCGAAGCAAGCUUAAAGUGCCCUGACUUCAAGAAGGUAACGGCCGUGGAAUUCGCGAGCUUCGGUGACCCCGUAGGUGCUUGUGGAGCCUAUGACACAGGAACAUGCAAUUCGGCUGCAGCGAAGCAAGUUGUGGAGCAGCACUGCAUGGGCAAAGAUUCUUGCACCGUUCCCAUGGACCCUUCAUUGUUCCCCAUCUCCGGCAAACCUUGCCCGCAAGACAGGCCCUUGGCUCUCGCUAUCCAAUUGAGGUGUUCCCACUAGAUUCCCAGUACUUUUUCGGCUACACUAUGGAGGGUGAUCGCGCUUCCUUCCUGAGUUUCAACGCCGGAGUAGACUGCCCUGCUUCGGAUUUAUUUUUUCUUUCUUUCCCUUGAGGGCACGAUGGAUUAGAUUCUACCGAACACGGAUAUUUACUGUGUUUUUAUGCUUUUAGAUUAAUAACUUGAGAUGAGAUCAUUUCGUCAUUCAAUAAAACUUUUUAUCUAUUUUUAAAAAACAAAA